GUCCCGGAGGGAGAGGCGCGCCUGUUCCCAGUUGCUGGUGAGAGAGGAGGAGUAGUCGGUUGCUUUGCCGACGGCGAGUCAGUGAGUAGGAGGGAGCCCAGCGGGAAGUCGUAGCCGCAGCUAUGCGUGAGAUCGUCCACAUCCAAGCCGGCCAGUGCGGGAACCAGAUCGGAGCCAAGUUCUGGGAGGUCAUCAGCGAUGAGCACGGCAUUGACCCCACCGGCAGCUACCAUGGAGACAGUGACCUGCAACUGGAGAGAAUCAACGUCUACUACAAUGAAGCUGCUGGAAACAAGUACGUGCCCCGUGCAAUCCUUGUCGAUUUGGAGCCUGGAACGAUGGACUCGGUCAGGUCUGGACCUUUUGGUCAGAUCUUUAGACCUGACAACUUCGUCUUUGGCCAGAGUGGUGCUGGGAACAACUGGGCCAAGGGGCAUUACACAGAGGGAGCUGAGCUGGUGGACUCUGUGCUGGAUGUGGUCAGGAAGGAGUCGGAGAGCUGUGACUGUUUGCAGGGUUUCCAGCUCACCCAUUCCCUGGGUGGUGGCACAGGAUCCGGGAUGGGCACGCUCCUUAUCAGCAAGAUUAGAGAGGAGUAUCCCGACAGGAUCAUGAACACCUUCAGCGUCAUGCCUUCCCCCAAGGUGUCAGACACAGUGGUGGAGCCCUACAACGCCACCCUCUCUGUUCACCAGCUGGUGGAGAACACUGAUGAAACCUACUGUAUUGACAAUGAAGCGCUCUAUGACAUCUGCUUCCGUACCCUGAAACUCACAACCCCGACCUACGGGGACCUCAACCACUUGGUCUCGGCCACCAUGAGCGGAGUGACCACCUGCCUCCGGUUCCCUGGACAACUGAAUGCCGACCUUCGCAAGCUGGCCGUUAACAUGGUGCCCUUCCCCCGCCUGCAUUUCUUCAUGCCCGGCUUCGCUCCCCUCACCAGCCGCGGCAGCCAGCAGUACCGGGCCCUGACGGUGCCAGAGCUCACCCAGCAGAUGUUUGAUUCCAAAAACAUGAUGGCAGCCUGCGACCCCCGCCACGGGCGCUAUCUGACGGUGGCGGCCAUCUUCCGGGGGAGGAUGUCUAUGAAGGAAGUGGAUGAGCAGAUGCUGAACGUCCAGAAUAAGAACAGCAGCUACUUUGUGGAAUGGAUCCCCAAUAACGUGAAGACGGCCGUCUGCGACAUUCCCCCGAGAGGCCUCAAAAUGUCUGCCACCUUCAUCGGCAACAGCACGGCCAUCCAGGAGCUGUUCAAGAGAAUCUCCGAGCAGUUCACAGCCAUGUUCCGACGCAAAGCCUUCUUGCACUGGUACACCGGCGAGGGCAUGGAUGAGAUGGAGUUCACGGAAGCAGAGAGCAACAUGAAUGACCUGGUCUCCGAAUACCAGCAGUAUCAGGACGCCACUGCGGAUGAGCAAGGGGAGUUUGAAGAGGAAGGCGAGGAGGAUGAGGCUUAGGCUUGGAGCUGGUGGAAGACAGUGAGGCCGGGGUCUGGGGUGAGGUCUGUUCAGCUGUACUCAUGCAUGCUUUUUCAAUUAUACUUAGUGCUUUUUACUGUUGCCUCUGUCGGCAGUUUGUAUGAUUUCUACUGUAUGUAACUAAAAUCUUUAUAAAUUAUUUGGCAAGUUCAUGUCAUUUUGAAGAAGGCCUAAGUAACUAACACUAAAUGAUAUGAAGGUAUGUUAGUAUAUGUGAUAGUAUGCUGGUAGCCUAAAAGGAAGUGAUUUUAUAAAAUUAAAUAUAUAUAUAUUGUUCAGUUGACUUGAGUUGCUGCAGUCUUGUUUGAUACUCAAGUUAAUUACCAAGUAAUAUUGCUGCUAGUGUUGAAGAUUCUAUUGGAAAUAUUUUUAAAAAUUGUGUGUCUAAAAUAAGGUGAUAAAAUGAGUUAUCAGCUGAUUCAUAAUAGUAGCUGAACUAUCAUGAUUUUACUAGAAGGUAGAAAUAUUAAUUUGGUCAGCUAAUUAAGGAGCAAAUAUAAGACACUUUUCCCUUCCUGAUCUCAUAAAACACUUGUAAGUGUAAGAGAACAAUAAACUUGGGGUGAGGAAGGGAUGCCUCGCCCUUCAAGUAUCAUUGCCUUGCAGCCCCCAUCAUACCUUCAUCUUGGCCAGGGCUGAUGGAAAUUGAAUCCAACCUCUGGAGGGCCAUACUCCCCUUCCCACAUCUGCUUCAGAGAACUCCACAAAUCUAUUUUUGGCUACCUUCCCUUUGUCUUCCUUGUGGCCUUGCAGCAGAAGUGUUUAUGUCUGCAAUUUAGCUUGUGUGCUAUUUGUACAACGUUUUAAUAAUAUAUUGAAUUUCCAGAAAUUGGGCUGGGUUCUUUAUUGUGAUUUUUUUUUCCUUGGAGGGCAGGACCCUUGCUACUAGGCUGCACAGAUAGGGGCUUUCAUCUCUUUUAGUUAAUUUGUUAGGAUGUAUUUCUGAAAGGUCUUUUGAUCAGAAAUGUGAAAGUCACAAUAUCUUCAAAGCCAUGUUUUCUGACAUUUCUUCAAGAGCAACUGGAACUAAAAUUACGCCACAUUUAUAGGAAUGAAAAAGAUUAAAGGUAUGUGGUAGGGUGGGCACAGCAGCAAGUAGAAUGCUAAGAGAGCAGGCAUGGAGAAGCAUGGUUUCUGUGGCAGUGUGUUACCUCAGCAUUAUUUCAGGCAGUGUGUAAACUCAUCAAGGAAAUCAAAUUAUCCAAUGGCUUUUCCGCAAUGUCAGUGUGAAAGAUUCUGUACAAUGGUAUGUGUUCUAAAUAAUCACUUCUGUUUUCUUCAAGAUGAGUCUUGGCAAUAAAGUAUUUAUUAAAACUA